UAUAAUCCACUUGGGUCUUAGUUUAUUGCUAGAAGAACAUGUAGUGACCAUGCGUGUCUUGUUUACAAUUCUGUUUUAAAUACGUUUGGUCAAGUCUAACUUGUGUCAGCCAUACAAGUGACUAACUUGUGUUUUGAAUAUGACGACGAAGCACGGAGAGAAGAUGACAUUAUUAAGACAUGAUAUAUGAGCAGUCAGUGUUAUCGUCCUUCUCAUUUGUGUGCCUUUGGUGUCCUGCCAUCAUCCUGACCAUAACGACAGGAUUCAGACCAAAACGAAAGAAGAGGUACCCACGCGUGAUGAGAUCAGGUAGAGAACAGUUGGAUUCUGGGCAGCUACGCAGCCGAAAGUCUACUAUGGUACCACGUGUCAGCCAGAUGUCGCACCACAGCAGUCAGGCAGUGGAAUUGAAAGAGAUCGGAGACCAUCAUGUUUCUCCUUGGGAAACAGGGUUAGAUCUUGGUUCUUCAUUUACAGUGUCACAGAGUAUGAUCAGCACUUUCAGAGAGACAGGAAUUACAGAGAAUGGAAAUGUGAUGAAUGGUUUAGAUUCAGAACGGACCUCACAUGAGAGCGUUGAAGACAGUAAUUAUGGUGUGGGUGAGGACGAUGAAGACGAUUUCAAGGAUGAAGAAGAGAGACAAUUGCUGCCAUCCGAACAGCACUCUGAACAUCAAGAUGUAGUGGUUGAGAAUGAACUGAGAGACCAGGAGGUGUUGGUAAGAGAGGCGGAAGAAAAAGAGAGUUCUCUGGGCAUCAUGCUGCAGAUUCUGGUGCCUUAUCUGAUUGCAGGCUUUGGUAUGGUUGGUGCUGGCAUGGUUCUAGAUGUAGUACAGCACUCUGAGGUCUUCACCAAUAUAACUGAGCUUUUUAUUCUUGUGCCGGCGCUUCUUGGCUUGAAAGGGAAUUUGGAGAUGACCUUGGCAUCAAGGCUUUCCACCCAGGCUAACUUGGGUAACAUGGAUACGAGAAAAGAAAAAAUAAAAAUGGUUUGCGGCAACCUGGUCCUUGUUCAGGCUCAGGCAACUGUUGUUGGAUUUCUGGCAUCCAUGUUUGCCAUGGUGAUGGGGUGGAUUCCUAAAGGCCAGUUCCCCCUAGACCAUGCACUCUUGUUGUGUGCCAGCAGCUUGUUUACAGCUGCUGUGGCAAGUUUCAUACUGGGGUCCCUCAUGGUUUGUGUUGUCAUGUUGUCACGCAAGGUGAACAUUAACCCAGACAAUGUGGCCACACCUAUUGCAGCCAGUCUGGGUGACCUUACGACCCUUGCUCUCCUUGCAGGCGUUGGCAAGCUACUGUACUCCUUUGUUGGAAAGCAAAUAUGGUUGUCGUGUGGUAUCAUAGCGCUGUUUUUUAUGCUGCUGCCCAUAUGGAUUGUGCUGGCGAUAAAGAACAAGUACACCAAUGACGUUAUCUACUCUGGCUGGACGCCAGUGCUCAGUGCUAUGGUGAUCAGUUCUCUAGGAGGGGUUAUACUAGACUUUGCUGUUUCCAGCUACCAUGGCAUUGCAGUCUUUCAGCCUGUCAUCAAUGGUGUUGGAGGUAAUUUAGUGGCUGUACAAGCUAGUCGUAUCUCCACUUAUCUACACAGGCGUGGUCGGCCAGGUAAACUUCCCACAGGUGUCCCUGGAGGCAGCUUCAAUCCUUUUGCUUUCUUCUGCGGAAAAUCCAUCAACUCCAAAGCAGCACGAGUGCUGUUGUUGUUAGUCAUACCUGGCCAUCUUCUCUUCAUCUACACUAUUUAUUACAUGAAGGCUGGGCAUACAUCUAUAACCAUUCUUUUCAACGUGUUCUACCUCUUUGCUGCCUUACUGCAAGUUCUGCUGUUGUUGUACAUAUGUCAGUGGAUGGUUCAUUGCAUAUGGAGCUGUGGGGAGGACCCAGACAAUGUGGCAAUACCCUACCUCACUGCCAUUGGCGACCUCCUGGGAACUGGUUUUCUGGCACUGGCGUUCCACUUACUGUACCUUGUGGGUGACCGAGAUGCAGACUUAGGGGAGUAGACAUAUUAAAAAAGGCUCUUGGAUGGAUUCAUCGUGUGGUUUACAACAAUAAAAUUGUUUUAACCAAAGAGUGAGUUCGGUGAACUGCAGGGGCUUUGUUUGGACACAGAGGUGUUGUGGAAUCAGGUGCCUCUGUGUAGUGAAUUUAGUGUAUCUGUGAGGUAGAGCAAACAUGCGCAAGAGAGGAUUAUGAGCUUCUGUUCAUUCAUUGAGAGUUUAUUUUUGGUUAUAUUUUUGUGCACAAAAAAUUUGAUUCAUGUUACAUUGACCUGCAAGUGUUUUUGCAGUGGUGAAAUUAUUUUAAUGAAGUUUACACAGUGUUAUGGCUUCUGUGACAAUACAUUCAGGUACACUUGCAAAUGAUAAUGCAUGUGCAAAGUGAUUAAAGUAUAGUGCACUACAAUGGUCACAGUCACUAGAGUUGUUAGGAAUUAACUUGCAUUUGUUGUUAAGUGACUGUAUGUUGCAGUCUUUAGGUCAAUCUUUAUUUUAAAGAAAUGUUACUUGUUGCAGUUCUGGCUUGGAAAAAAGAAAUACAAAGGGUGCUAUCUUUUCUUUGCUCAUUAGUGUUUGGACAGGUUAUCUAGGAUAGGGAGGUUUCCGAAUAGUCUUUGCUAUCACAGGAAAACAUUUGGGCAAUGCUCUGAAUAUUCUACCUGUGCUUAAAUGAGUUUUUGACUUAAUUUUUUCAGUGUAGAUUUGAAAGGAUUCAAGAAAAAUGAAAAGCAGGAAAGGAGAUUGAAAGACAACCAUGUGGAAUUGUUUCUGAAUAAGGAUUCUCAGACUUUAAGUAUAUGACAGGUUCAUGAGAGGUUUAUAUAAUUUCCCUAACUUUGCCUGCCGCUCACACAUGAGUCUGGUAGUGGUCUGAAAAGGGCAUGACUUUAAAUGUGGGAUAUUUUAGAUUAGGGUCUUAUGGGCAGCAAUGUUGGAGCCAGUAGUAUAUAUAUAGCUAUGUAUAUAAUCAGUGUGUAUUUAGUUGGACUGAAGAGAGAGAUGUAUGUUGUUAAAGUAAAAGUUGUAUCAGGAAAGUAUAUUUUAUUGUUGUGGGUCUUUCCGAUCUCGAUGCCUUCUGCAUUUCUUUUGAGAGUGUUGCACAGGGUGUGAAUCUGAAGGUCAAAGGUUAACUUUAUACUUUCAGAAGAUCCAGAAUUUACCAAAUUUAAUUGCAGAUGUAUCAUUAACAUUGCAAUCAGAUGCAAUACAGGCAGAACUGCCUCUUGUCAAUCCUCUCUUCCAUUUUUACAACAUUGAAGACAAUCAUUUUGGGAUUCAGUUGCACAUCUGAUGUAAACAUGACAUUGUUUUUUGGAAACUGGUUGUUUGCUUUCUGACAUUUGUAAUGUGCAGAUCUACACAAGUAUACUUUUGCCAAGAUAUUUAUGGCUAAAAGAUGAGGUUCCUGGUGUACACCGUGGGCAAAGGUAUGAAAAAUCCCAUCUGUUGUAGGAAAUUGGAAUGUAAUAACCCUUAUUUGACAUCGUUGUAUUUUUUAAAUUAUCUGAAGGUAUCAACCUUUACCAAAGACUUCCAGUGAUUAUCCUUUUCUAAUGUGAAUGGAAAGUAUCUUGUAAAUGGUUCUCUGGCAUGAGACCUGAUGUGUGAUGAUAUUCUAGAGAUUUCCUUAGGGAUUUCAAAAAAACAGUGACAUUCAAGAUACUAGUGUAUUAUGUGGGCAAACUAACGAAAACAGAGCAAUAUAUUGUUGGAAUACAAACUGUGGCUAUAUUUUUGUACCUAGAAAAUAGCAUUGUCUGUCAGAAAAAAAUUUUCAUACACUGCAUUGACAUAAACUAAAUAGAAAAGAUCGUAACCUACACAGAAAAGUAGUAUUUAUCUGAAUAUUGAACAUGGCCCCAUAGAACCAUGAAUAUGUAUGUGUGCAUAUAUGCAUUUACGAUAAAAAUCUUUUACACGGUGAUUGUUAAUGACUGUAGGUGCCACGUGCCUUGCAUUCUCUGUGUCGCUAUGAUCACGUGAUCUUAGGACCAUUCUUUCGUAUGCAAGCUUAUCAAGGGUGUGCCCUAAAACACCACUUGUCUAAUAAUCAUUUCUUAUAAGGAAAUUUGUCAACCACAGAAACUAGUUUAUAUUGAAAACAUUAGUGUCCCAAGAGCAAAAGCUUAAGAAGUAGAAGGCUUUGUCAUUGUGCCCAUUUUCUUUGCUACAUGGUCUUUUUGACAUGCUUGAGCAGACCAGAAUUCUUCCUGUCAUUUUUUUAAAUCUCGUUUGGAUCUUACCUGCAUUUGUAUAGCUGCUUUUCAUUUCAAGAUGGGUGUUACAAUUCACUAGUUGGCUCAUUGCAGCAGAACAGCUGAUGGCUUAAUACAUAUAUUAUGUUGUUUUUAAUUUCAUUUUUAAGAGACUUUUUUUUAAAACAGGUGUGGGAUUAAAAAAAUGGAACAUCUCUAAGGAUGUUCAAAUGUUUGAUGCAACUGGUAUGCAUGACUUUGAAUGAUUUGCACUCAAUGAACCAAUGAAUGUAUAGGCAUCCCUAAGUAUUCAUAAAAUGGUCCCACAGCCUAGUGAUAAGAGCAGCGGCAGGUAGCAUACCCUGUGCUAAGUGGAACCCUACCCAGCUUUUUACUAUCACUGAUAAAUCAAGAACCCAUCUUUAGGGAGGAAGGGGAUGUUUUCAGGCACUGGCCUAGGCCAGCUUUGAACUACUAACAUUGUUUUAAAGUAUAUAUUGCAUACAAGUCUGUGGUUUCUAGUAGGAAAAUAUACAGAGGACCAAAUAUUGGAUAGUAAAGCAGAAUUUUUUGCAUGUCUUUUAUCACAAAGAAACCAAACAUUUUUAAAGAUUGGGAAAAAGAAUGCAAUAUUCAUCAUGUGAUGUAAACUUUUGUGCAAAAUUGUUGGAAAUUCAAGAUAAUGGUUUGUCUGUGGGUGCAAUAAAAAGUUAUGUAAAUAAUAAAAAAGUAAAAUAUGCUACAGUU